AUGUCGAACCGAAGCACAUUCUAUCAAUCCCUCCACGACUUCUACCGCGGAACGAUCUGCCAGGCCAUCAUUCUCGGUCUCAUCAGCUUCACGCAACCGGGAAUAUGGACGGCCAUGAACAAUCUUGGAGCCGGAGGGCAGGCUAAGCCAUACGUUGUCAACGCUGUCAAUGUCAUCACUUUCGCCGUGAUGUUCGUCUUCUCGCCGCUGGCCAGUAUAAUCGGCAACAUCAUUGGCAUGCGAUGGGUCCUCAUCUUCGGCUGCUUGGGUUACGUCCCAUACUCUGCUGCGCUGUACUGCAAUUCCAUGUGGGGAACGCAGUGGUUUCUGAUCUUCGGAGGAGUAACCUGCGGCUUUUCGGCUGCUGCUCUAUGGCCGGCUGAGGCCACCAUCGCUGUUGGGUAUCCCGAGGUGCGAAGGAGAGGGCUGUGCAGUGAGUCCAAUUGCUCCAAGUUGUUGGCAUUUGUUUCGUACUGACGCUGCGACAGUCGCAAUCUGGCUCGCCCUUUCGAAGCUCGGCUCCAUUAUCGGGACAGCCAUUCAACUCGCCAUCAACAAGGACGGCGAUACAACAGGAGCCAUUGCACCGAGGACAUAUCUCGUGCUCGUCGCUAUCCAGUGUCUUGGACUUCCCCUAUCCUUCCUCAUCUCCCCACCCGAGAAGCUCGUUCGAAAGGACGGCAAGAAGCCCGUCUUCGCCAAUCGGAACGGCGGCUUCAAAUCACAGUUGCUCUUAUUCCUGGCGCAGUUGAAACGCAAAGAAGUGGUGCUGCUGAUUCCAGCCUUCGUAUCUGCACAAUGGGGUUCGGCGUACUACGGCAACUGGCUGACCGAAUACUACUCCGUCCGCGCACGCACGCUCUCUGGUUUCGUCGUCGCUGUUGUAGGAGCCAUUGUCAACAUCUUGAGCGGGUGGUUGUUGGACACGAAGCUUAUCAGGCGCAGCACACAGGCAAAGUCCACCUGGUACUCUCUCCUAGCUCUAUUCACCGCCAUCUGGAUCUGGAACCUGAUUCUCCAAGCCCGCUGGGACAGCAGUCCUCCAGGUGACAUCGACUGGAACUCCCGACUAUUCAGCCAGGGCAUGGCGCUGUACGUCCUCUUCCGCAUCGCAUACGAAGUCAUCGGAGUCUGGCUGUACUGGGCGCUGGGCACUUUCGACUCCGAGGUCGAUACCAUCUCGCUGUCAAUGGGAGUCUUGAGAUCGUGUGAAUCGCUCGGACAAGCUUGCGCUUACGGCGUGGGCGCAUCGAAAGCCAGCCUCAUGACCAACCUCAUCGUCACUGUUGUGGUCUUCUUUAUCUCGGCGCCUGCGACGAGCUGGGCUUCACAUCUGAUCAAUGAUCGCCUGAAUGGAGAGGAUUCCGACUCGGAUGAUUUGAGCUUGCCGGACUCGGGUUCCGCUACUCCAGCUAGCGAAGUGCAGCAAAUCAGCUUAACAGCUAAUGACAAGGUGGAUAUUAAAGAAGCGUGA